AGAAAAUUUGGAAGAGUAUUAUAAUUAAACAAAUGUGAAUUUGGGAAACAAUGCUCUUACUGUGGAACUUCCUUUUAUUUCAUGAUGACUCACUUUGACCUUCUGCUGAGUGUACUGGAUGGCUACAAUGGGACAAUUAUGGCGUAUGGGCAGACUGGUACUGCUCCCUUUAACCAAACCAAUUUGCCAUGCCAAGUUUGGAGGAACCACUUGCUAUUGACAAGUUACCGAGCAUGAAUACCAUUGAUAGGAUUCAGAGGUUCUUGUCUAGUUCUUGCCGUCCUAGAGUAGAUAACUUGGGCAUGGGAAACUGCUAGAUUGAAGGACGAAGUUGCAGCACAUCUAACAGCUGCAAUGAAGAUGAUGAAGAGUAUACCACAUAGACAUUACCAUGGAAAAGACACACAAGAGACUUAUCUCGAGACGACUUCUUCAGUCAAAAGACUCUGACCAAAGGGAGGAAGUCAAUGAAAUUUGGAAUGAUUGAUGAUUCAUUCUCUGAUUGGCAAAGCCGUCCAAAAUGCCAUGCCAAAGAUUUGCAAGGUUUGGCUUAUAAGCUCAAGGGCAUAUCAAUCCCAUGAUGAGACUCUCACAAAAGUUGGUCGAAAAUGGAUGCAAAGUCAUUGUUGUGAACACAGAUUACGACCACAAGCGAGUGGUGAGUUCCAUGGGCGAGCAACAACAUAGCCUUGAUGAAUCACUACUGAAGUUUGUCUCAAUCCCCGAUGGUUUAGGACCAGAUGAUGACAGAAACGAUAUGGGCAAGGUUGGUGAAGCUAUGAUGAACAUCUGGCCACCUAUGCUUGAGAAGCUCAUAGAGGAUAUACAUUUGAAGGGUGACAAUAGAAUCAGCUUAAUUAUUGCAGAAUUGUGCAUGGGAUGGGCCUUGGAUGUUGGGACUAAAUUUGGAAUCAAAGGGACCCUAUUGUGGCCUGCAUCAGCAGCUUUAUUUGCCCUUGUAUACAACCUCCCUAAGCUUAUUGAUGAUGGGAUCAUAGAUUCUGAUGGUGGAUUAACACCAACCACUAAAAAGACCAUUCACAUAUCACAAGGUAUGGCUGAGAUGGACCCGGAAACCUUUUUUUGGUUUAAUAUGGGUGACACAGUAAACAGAACGACAGUACUGAAAUAUUUGAUGCAGUGUACACAAAGACUGAAUUUAGCGGAAUGGUGGCUUUGCAACACCGCAAAUGAACUUGAAGAUGGGCCAUUAUCCUCUAUUCCUAAGCUUGUACCAAUUGGUCCAUUGUUGACAAGUCAUGAUGAUACAAUUGCAACUACAAAAUCAAUUGGACAAUAUUGGGAAGAAGAUCUCUCUUGCAUGAGUUGGCUCGAUCAACAACCUCGUGAUUCUGUGUUGUAUGUUGCCUUUGGUAGUUUCACUCAUUUUGAUCAAAACCAAUUCAACGAACUAGCUCUUGGAUUGGACCUCACCAAUAGACCUUUUCUUUGGGUUGUGCGUCAAGACAAUAAGAGGGUAUACCCUAAUGAAUUCUUGGGAAGUAAAGGUAAGAUUGUUGGUUGGGCUCCUCAACAAAAGGUGUUAAGCCACCCUGCUGUAGCAUGUUUUGUCACCCAUUGUGGUUGGAAUUCUAUCUUGGAAGGGUUGUCUAAUGGGGUUCCUUUCUUGUGUUUGCCAUAUGUGGGAGACCACAUUUAUAACAAAACAUAUAUUUGUGAUGAGUUGAAGGUUGGGUUGGGCUUUGACUCAGAAAAAAAUGGACUUGUGUCACGCAUGGAGUUAAAAAGGAAAGUGGAGCACCUCCUUAGUGAUGAGAACAUGAAAUCAAGGUCUCUGGAGUUGAAGGAGAAAGUCAUGAACACCAUAGCCGAAGGAGGUCAAUCUUUGGAGAACCUUAAUAGUUUUGUCAAGUGGGUUAAAGAAUUAGGAUCGACAUUUUAUGCAUAAUUUUUUAGUUAUGUUAGCUGAAAUAAAUAAGACCAAAGUGUUGAAGAAAUAAUAUAUGAAUAAGCUACAACUAGAUGUCAAUCCUAAAACUUAAGAUAGGCAUGAAACUGUAUCAAAAGUUAGUAAGUUUUUAAAGUGGUUGAAGUGUUUACAGGGUUUUCGUUGUUUGAAUCGUUCACUUGGUUUAAUUAAGGGCAAGACAGACAGUAUGGUGCUGUACUUUUUUUUUCCUUUUUUGAUAUGGCUUUGUAAUAAGACUCUUGUAAUAAAUUUCGAUCGAAAUUUAUUAUGCUUCUAAAAAAA